AUGCAAGAAGAAAGAGAAAGAAUAGAAAGAAAAGAGAAAAAAAGAUUUAGAAGAAGUCAGGAUGAUAAGGCUAGGUGGAUGAGUGAUUUCAACAUUGAAAGGGAUAAACUUCUGGAAGAAUUAAGAAAAAAUGACAAUGAUGAAAAUUGUAAGAAAUUUCUUGACUUUCUUGAUUGUCAUAGGGAGUAUCUAAUGGUUUCAAGUCCUAAUAAUCCAUUUGGAAGUAAUUCUACGUUUACUGGGGAUCAAAUAAAACUAAAUGAAAUUAAAAAAUUAUCAAAUAUUACCAAUUGCUAUGAUUCUUAUAAAAACAAUGGGACUAAUAUAAUAAUGAAAUGGGAACAAAAAUUUCAACAAGGAAAACGUAAAGAAACGAUGAAAUUUUCUAGAAGAAAUCCAAAAUGUGAAAGUUUAUAUUUAUGGUUUAUUAGUAGGAAAAUAGAUUUUUAUAAUAUUGUUAAAAGUAUGCCUUUAAAUUACUCAGAAUUUUGGGAUCAUAUGAAAGAUGAAAAGCUAUACGAAGGAGGUGGUCAAAUAAGUGAUAAAAUUAAAAGAUGUGUUACUUCUCAUUUUAAUACUACAGAAUAUAAUAAUAUAGGUAAUUGGAUGUAUACAUUUGGCUCUGAAAGGGAAAUUCAUAAUAUAAAACUUAAGAGAGGCUUAAUUAAUAUUACAGAAUAUGAUAAUUGGUUGAAUGAAAAGGAAAAGAAUUUUACUAAUUCACAAACAUGGAAUGUAACAGAUCUUAAACCCUUUACUGAUCAUUGGAAAAGUUUGAGAAAUGAAACAGAAGAAUAUAGAAAUAGUAUUAUUGCCAAUCAUAAUUGUUCACUAAUAACUAAUUUAAAUAAAGCUAUAAUUACAACACAAGUUACUACUGAUACCUUACCCUCUACAGGAUUUUCAUCUGUUUUAAAUAAUGCAGUUACUUUAAAUAAUUCACCUACUUCAGCUACAUCAGUUACUAUAACUAAUACAAGUACUUUAUCAUUACAAAAUACUACGGAUUCUGUUAAUAUUUCAUCUACUUCACCCCCUUUAUCAUUAGACACAUUAACUAUUAUGCCGCAUUUUCCUAUAACUAUGAAUUCUUCAGCUAUAACAGGAAACAGUAGUAAAAGUGCAUUAACUCCCCCAGUAACUAACAAUAGUGUUGUAUCAACUAACUCCUUUCAUAUGCAAUAUGAUAUUAUAAAUCAAAGUACACCUAAAUAUAAUACAAGCAGUACAAUGAAUACAAAUAUUUCAAUUACAUCCAUUGCAAAAGCUCCCACAAUAAUUCCAUCUCGCAAUAUAGUCCACGAUAAAUAUCCAGGAAAUAUAUUAGUAUUAUUUUGUACUUCAUUUGGUACAAUACUUUUUGGAUGUACUCCUAUUGGAUCAUGGAUUGGUAGAUACAAAUCAAAGAAAAGAAAAAAAAUGAAAAAAAUAGAGUCACAAAAUACAUCAACUUCUAUAUAUCCUAAAAGAAAAUCAACAAAAAAAACGAAGCAUUUAGCAUCAUCUUAUUGGACACAAUCCCCAUCAUAUGAAGUAACUUUUGAAAAUGAAAAGAACGUUAAAGAAAUAAAAAAAUAUAAAGAAAUGGAAUUGGAAGGGAUAAGGAAUGAUUUUGUAGUAAAAACCGAGAAAAAUCAAAUAGAGGAAGAGGAAAAUAAAGAACAAUAUAUAAAAGAUAAAGAAAAAAAAAAAACGGAUAUGAAAAUGGAAAUAUUGAUUCACCGGAAUGAGAAUAACAAUAUAGAAAGUGAUGCAUCAAUAAAAAGAGAAAUGCAUAAAAAGAAGAUAUUUAUAGAAAUAUAUAUGACAGUAUUGGAUGAAUGCCAAAGAGAGGAGUGGGAAUUAUAUAAAGAAGAUUUUCUAAAAAUAUGUUUAGAAGAAUGGAAAAAUGAUAAUACAUUAUAUGAAGAUAUAAUAUUAGAAGAGAAUAAAGUUAAAAAUACAGAGCAAGGAAUCAGUAGUAUUUCAUUUGAGGGACAAAAAUUUCUCUGGAAUAAAUAUAUGAAAAACAAUAAAAAAAUGUUGGAAAAAUGGAAAAGGGAUAAAUGGUUUAAAAAUUUGAAGAAGGAAUGGGAAAAGGAACAGAGAGAUUGUAGACAAAUAACAGAUGGAUUAGAAUUGAUGGAAAUAGAAAAAGGUAAAAAAAAUAUGGUAGAGAAGCAAAAAAUAAUAUGGAAACAUUGGUUAAUAAAGCAAAGAAAAUGGUUCAUGGAAUGUAAUAAAGAGAAAUGGUUUAAUGAAUUGUUAGAAGAGUAUGAAAUGGAAAAAGGGAAAUAUAUGAAAGAAUUACCUAAAGAAAAUAAUGAAAUAAUGAAAAACAAAAAAAAAAAAUUGAUAAAGAAAUUGUGGAUAGAAAUACAUAUGAUGAUAUUAGAGGAAUGUAAAAAAGAAGAAUGGGAAAGAAAUAAAGAAGAAUUUAUUAAAACAAGCAUG